AUGUUAAGUUUUAAUGAGGAUAUUAUAGAAAAAGAAAACAAAAUAUUAAAAGAAAGUAACUUAAAAACAAACUAUUUCGCAGAAGAUAAAUAAACAAAAUCACAAAAUGUUUACCAAAAUUAAGAUAAUACAAAUCAAUGUUUCGAACAAAAAAACUAGCAAGAAGCAACUUAAACUGAUUCUCAAAACAAUAAUGAAGAAUAAACACUUGAAUAACUUUUAGAUUAAGUUGGCUAAGAACAUGAUAGUGAAGAUGAAGGAAUUUAAGACUACAAAAUAGGAGGAUAUCAUCCAGUACAUAUAGGAGAAGUGAUAAAUAAGAGAUAUGUAGUAAUUCAGAAAAUUGGUUGGGGCCAUUUUUCUACAGUAUGGUUAGCUAAAGAUUUUAAAUAUGAAACAUAUGUAGCAUUGAAAGUGCAGAAAUGCGCUAAUAACUAUUUAGAAGCUGCUUUUGAUGAAGUGGAAGUAUUAUAAAAAGUUGCAUAGAAAUGCAAAGACCCUGAAUGGUUAAAAGAUUUAUAGAAAUAUCAUUAAGAUGAGAACAGAAAGUAUUUAACAAAAGAUGAUUGUUAAGUAGUUUAAUUAUUGAAUAGUUUUAUAUAUAAUGGGCCUUAUGGAAGCCAUUUUUGUUUUGUGUUUGAAAUUCUUGGAGUUAAUUUACUUGAAGUAAUAAAAAGAUAUAAUUAUUAAGGUGUUCCGAUGAAUUUAUGUAGAAAAAUAGCUAAAUAAUGUCUUAUAGGGUUAGAUUUUUUAGAUAGAUAUUGUAAUGUUAUUCAUACUGAUUUAAAACCGGAAAAUGUGUUGCUUUAAUUGACUUAGGAAGAUCUUAAAGAUAUUGUUGAAAAUGGGUAAAUUAAAGGAAGGGAAGUAUGUGAAUAAAGACUUUAAGUUAUUAGAAAAUUACUUGGAUUAUAGGAAAUUAUGGAUAUUAAGGAAGAAAAAAUUAAUGAAAAUGAGAAAAAGGAAGCUGUACUUAUUGGUAAUAUGUAUAAUCAAACUGCAGAUAUUUGGAGUUUAGCAUGUAUGCUUUUUGAAAUAUUAACUGGAGAUUUUCUAUUUGAACCUAGAAAAGGGCCUAAUUUUUCGAAAAAUGAUGAUCAUUUAGCCCAAAUAUAGGAAUUAUGUAAAAAGUUCCCUAAAAAUUAUGCUUUGAAAGGAACAAAUUCUAAGAUAUCAUAUCAAAGAAAAGAAGCUAGAGAAUUUGAAGAUUUUAUGAUGUAAAUGUUAAAUUGUAUACCUGAAAAGAGAAAAACAGCUUAAUAAAUGUUAGAACAUCCAUGGCUAAAAGGAUAAACAAACGAAUAUGAAUAUAAAAUGAAUGAAUAAUAAUAUAACGACUAUAUGAAAGCUAAACAAAAAUAAAUUGAUAUUGCAAAGUUAAUUGGUUAUGAAAUAGAAUAGGAUAAAAAUUAUAUUUCUAGUUCAGAUGAUCAUGAUGCUGAUAAUGAAUAAAAUGACAACUUAGGCGAAGAUGAAGAUGAUAGUUAAUUCUAUGAUUAUAAACCUAAUAUUGAUAGAAAACUUGUAGAUAGGUCUUUUACUAAUUUAGGAUAUAUUGGAUAUGGGGAUGGUAUUAAUUUUGGAGAACUUGAUAAUGCAGGAAAUUGGUAAUUUAUAAAUACAAAAUGA